AUGGCUGACAGAGGUGGUCGUGGCCGUGGACGAGGAGGCGGUGGUUUUGAUCGAGGUGGCAGAGGAGGAGGCCGUGGCGGAGGAGGCUACGGUGAUCGAGGAGGAGGCCGUGGAGGCGGUCGUGGUGGUGGCUACGGCGAUCGAGGUGGAGACCCGACUACACCGUUUGCUACUCCUGAUGCAACCACUUUCAAAGUCGAGAAUGAUUACAUGAACAAUACUAAAGGUAUCCAAGCAUUGGCUACCACUACUCUUGGAAAUCAAUUCCCAGCUCGUCCUGGGUAUGGUACCCAAGGAAAGAAGAUCGUGGUCUAUGCCAACUACUUCAAGAUUGGGGUCCCGACAGACUUGGCUGUGACCAGGUACAAUGUCGAAGUCCACCCCGAAGCCAAGGGGAGAAAAUUGGCUCGUAUUUUUCAGCUUUUUCUUGAGUUGCCCGAAUUCGCUGGGGACAUUGUCUCCGACAUGUCCUCCAUGGUCAUAUCAAGAGUUCCUCUGGAGAUCUCCGAUGGGUACACAAAACAAAUUGUGUAUCGAGCCGAAGGUCAAGAGGAGCUUUUAGAGCGUGCACAAACCUAUACCAUUAGGAUUGUCACCCCAUUGUCAAUUGUGGUCUCCGAUUUCCAAACACAUCUCUGUGCGAUCAAUCCAGGCCCAGGGUUUGACCUCCGCGCAGAGUCUCUGCAAGUUCUAAAUGUCAUAUUCAGUCACUUCCCACAACGGCAGGCAACAAGUAUCACGACUGGAAAGAACAGGCAUUUUUCAAUCGAUCGUGGUCAAUCCAAUCAACACAACAUUCAAGUUCUCGGUGGUGGUCUUGAGUCCCUUCGUGGAUUCUACUCUAGCGUCCGCGCAGCAACUGGCGGUCUUCUCCUCAACGUCAAUGUAUCUCAUAAUGUCUUCAUUCAGCCGGAGCCCCUUGCGGCCUUGUUCCCAAGAUUGGGCACUGGAAACAGACAUACGCUGGAAAAGAAGCUCAAGCGUACCCGUGUGAAGCUGACUCAUCUUCCACCCAAGAUCAACAGGGCGACUAAUGAAGAGAUUCCUCGCAUCAAGACUAUUUUUGCUCUUGCUCACGUUGAUGAUGGCCGGGCUGAGGAACAUCCUCCUCAAGUCCCAUCGUUCGCUGCUGGGCCUGCAGAUGUCAAGUUUUGGCUCAAUGACACGCCCCCCGUUGGGGGAGCCAAAGCACCAGCCAAAGCACCAGCCAAGGGCAAGAAGCCUGCGGGCGGUCCUGCUGCUGGUCGGUAUACCACCGUUUUGGAUUACUUCAGGAAGAAAUACCCAAACAUUAAAUUGAACCCGGCAUUCCCAGUAGUCAAUGUGGGUAACAAAGAUCAUCCAAGCUAUUGCCCAGCAGAAGUUUGCACUAUUUUACCGGGCCAGACUAUCAAACGCAGAUUGAGCCCAGAGCAAACUCAACAAAUGAUUACCUUUGCUUGUCGAAAGCCAUGGGAGAAUGGCGACUCGAUCGUAGGCGAUGGGAAAGCUGUCCUUGGACUCAAUAACAGUGGAGUUCGAUUUAAUCUUGCAGUUAGUAACAGCCUGAUCACUGUCGCUGCGCGUGUCCUAGCACCUCCGGCAAUCAAAUAUAGAGACUCGCGUAUGAAGGAGACCUCCGUAGCUGUUCGUGGCGGUUCAUGGAACAUGGCCAACAUUAAGUUUCACACCGGCAGCAACCUGGGCCCUUGGACUUUCAUCGUUUUUCGAUCAAAUCGUGGACGUGAUUUUGGCCUUCAAGACGUCCGCCCAACGGUACUCAAAUUCCAGGCAUUCCUAAAUAGCUCAGGUAUCAACGCCUCCGGGCUCAUCAAGAACCCUGAGCCGCCAGAGAUCAUGCUUGCGGAUGGACAAGAGGCUGCAAACGAUGCCCAAAUCAAGGGGAUAUUUCGCCGUAUGUAUGAAUCAUCGAGUGGGUCACGUCCGAGGUUCGUUUUGUGCAUCUUGCCGUUCAAUGAUGUUGCUAUUUAUAACAGCAUCAAACAAGUUGCCGAUACUAAAGCCGGCAUGCAUACCGUCUGUUGUGUGGGAUCAAAGAUCAUGAAGGAUAACCGCCAAGAGCAGUACUUCGGUAAUGUGUCUUUGAAAUUCAACCUGAAAGCUGGUGGCAUCAAUCAGAUCCUCGAACCCGCCAAGCUCGGCAUCAUUAGCGAGGGCAAGACAAUGGUGGUAGGUCUGGAUGUCACACAUCCUUCCCCUGGAUCAAAGGACUCCGCGCCCAGUGUUGCUGGUAUCGUCGCUAGUGUUGAUAAAUUUCUGGGACAAUGGCCAGCAGACUUCAGCGUCCAGGAGCCACGUAAAGAAAUGGUCACCGCGUUGGAGGCAAUGUUCUUGUCGCGCCUCAGACUUUGGGAGAAAUUCAACAAAAGCCUUCCAGAGAAUAUCCUUGUCUACAGAGAUGGCGUUUCUGAAGGGCAGUAUCAACAAGUCUUGGACAAUGAACUGCCGCAACUUCGCAACGCUUGUCGUCAGAAAUAUCCUGCAACCGCUACCAAGCAGGGCUUCCCGAAGAUUUCUAUCAUUGUUUGUGGCAAACGUCAUCACACGCGUUUCUAUCCGUCGGAUGAAAGCAAUGCAGACAGAUCGUCUAAUUGCGAGCCUGGUACUAUUGUGGACCGCGGUGUGACAGAAGCCCGCUUCUGGGACUUUUUCGUGCAAUCCCAUGCUUGUCUUCAAGGCACUGCUCGACCUGGUCAUUAUUAUGUGAUCCUCGACGAGAUCUUCCGUGGCAGGGCAUCAAAGCCUCCCCAUCAGAAUGCCGCCGAUGCACUCGAGGAGCUAACACAUAACAUGUGCCAUCUCUUCGGCCGGGCUACAAAGGCCGUUUCUCUAUGCCCUCCCGCAUAUUAUGCAGAUCUUCUUUGCACGAGACUGAGAUGUUAUCUCUCUGAUCAGUUCGAUCCAGAUGAUGCUACUGGUGGAACCCCGAGUGUUGCUAGCGGUGCCACCGCGGCCUCGCUGCCCGAAAUUUUGAUCCCGGAGUCCCUCAAAAACUCGAUGUUCUAUAUUUAA